GGGGGGGUGGUCGUGCACGCUUCCGGGGACGCGUGAGUGACCUGGAGCCCUGUCUGGGGGUGGCAGCCCCAGGGAGGGAACCGGGGACCCAAGCACGUUGGGGCCCCCCAGAUUGCUCUGAGGCCCUCCGCGACGGGAGGGAAGUGCCAUUGGGGCCGUCCUGGGAGUGCAGCUGGUGGUGACCCUGCUGACGGCCACCCUCAUGCACAGGCUGGCCCCACACUGCUCCUUUGCACGCUGGCUGCUCUGCAAUGGCAGCCUCUUCCGCUACAAGCACCCCUCCGAGGAGGAGCUUCGUGCUCUGGCCAGCAGGCAGAGACCCCGAGGCCGGAGGGAGCGGUGGGCCGCCGGCCCUGGCGAGGGGAGCCUGCUGUCCGUUCCCCGAGACGCCCCCAUCCAGCUGGAGACGUGCCCGCUGACCGCCGUGGAUGCCCUUGUGCUGCGCUUCUUCCUGGAGUACCAGUGGUUCGUGGACCUGGCCGUGUAUGCGGGCGGCGUGUACCUCUUCACUGAGGCCUACUACUACGCUCUGCGCCCCGCGCGCGAGGCCAACAUCGCCGUGGUCUGGUGUCUGCUCACCGUGCUCUUCUCCAUCAAGAUGUUCCUGACGCUGACCCGGCUGUACUUCAGUGCCAAGGAGGGCGGCGAGCGCUCCGUGUGCCUCGCCUUCGCCUUCCUCUUCCUCCUGCUGGCCAUGCUGGUGCAGGUGGUGAGCGAGGAGACCCUGGAGCUGGGCCUGGAGCCAGGCCUGGCCAGCCUGACCCAGAACCUGGAGCCACUUCUGAAGAAGCAGGACUGGGACUGGGUGCUCCCCGUUAUCAAGCUGACUGUCCGCCUGGGGCUGGCCGGCGUGGGCUCCGUGCUGGGCGCCUUCCUCACUUUCCCUAGCCUGCGGCUGGCCCAGACCCACCGGGACGCACUGACCAUGUCUGGGGACCGACCUAUGCUGCAGUUGCUCCUGCACACCAGCUUCCUGUCUCCCCUGUUCAUCCUGUGGCUAUGGACGAAGCCCAUUGCGCGGGACUUCCUGCACCAGGCGCCCGGUGGGGAGGCCCCCAUCUCCCUGCUUUCGGACUCAGCCUUCGACACAGUGCGGCUGUGGGCGCUGGUGGCGCUGUGCCUGCUGCGUCUGGCGGUGACGCGGCCGCACCUUCAGGCCUACCUGUGCCUGGCCCGCGCGCGCGUGGAGCAGCUGCGGCGGGAGGCCGGCCGCAUUGAGGCCCGCGAGGUCCAGCAGCGGGUGGUGCGAGUCUACUGCUAUGUGACGGUGGUGAGUCUGCAGUACCUGACGCCGCUCAUCCUCACUCUCAACUGCACGCUGCUGCUCAAGACACUGGGGGGCUACUCCUGGGGCUUGGGCCCAGCCCCUGCGCUGUCACUGUCCGGAGCCCCAGCCCAGCCUGCAGCUCUAAACCCCGGGGAGGAUGAAGCCCAGCAGACGGCAGCCUGGAUCGCCGGGACCCUCGGUGGCGUGUUCACGCCGCUCUUCCUCCGCGGCGUCCUGGCCUACCUCAUCUGGUGGACGGCCGCCUGCCAGCUGCUCUCCAGCCUCUUUGGCCUCUAUUUCCACCAGUACCUGGGCGUGUCCUAGGUGCCCACCAGCCCUCCUGGGCCCUGAAGUCUGGUCCAGGGCUUGCCCUUCUUGUGUGCCUCAGGGAGACUGCUCAGGAUCCCCUUUACCGCAGUGCCUGGGCUGUGAUUCCCUUGAAAAGCACCACCAGGGCCUGACACAGGAGGGGUCUGGAGCCACUGCCCCCACCGAGUGUGCAGAGGGCUUGAAUCUCAGGCUGCUCUAAUGAAUGAAUUUUGGAGCAUGCUGCUUUUUCCAAACCGAACCCAAGUGGUGGGGAGAAAUAUGUGGGGAGGGGGCUGAAAUAAGCUCCAGCAGUACUGUGGAGGAAAUGUGUCCCUGAGGCUGCCCAUCCCCUCCAGGGGCCAUGGUGAGGCUGCACAGAGGCAAAAGGCUCCAGUGAGGUGGGGAGGGGUGUCCUACACUGCGGAGUUGCCCUGUCACUGGGACAUCCCAGUGGGGACCCAACAUGUGCACACAUGGACUGAACAGACACAUGGAUACUGUGACUUCCUGCAUAUGUAAAAUGUAUAUUAGCAAUAAAAAAAAGUUGGCUGGUUGGCA